UCAAGAACUGAUGCUUGCAGUUUCACCAAUGAUUAAGCCAUUGCAAUCCCAAACUCACCUGUAAUUUGCUCAUGGAACUACAAUGCCCUUCCAUCUAAGUCAUUUUACUUUUCUCUUGGUGGUGUCAAGUAACGAGGUUCCAAUAGGGACGCCAUUGAGUGCACUUAUGGUUGAAUUUAAUUCCUUGAUGUUGGAGAAUAGAAAGGGUUCGGUUGUUGUAGUCAAUUAUCAAUUGCUGGAAGCUGCAACAAACAAGUUCAGUGAAAGUAAUAUUUUGGGUGAGGGUAGUUCUGGACCUGUUUACAAGGCUAGUUUUGAUGGAAAAUUCAUUGCAGCUGUUAAGAAAGUAAACGGCAUAAGACAGGAUGCUGAAAGAGAAUUUGAGAAUGAGGUGAACUGGUUGGGAAAAAUUCGGCAUCAAAACAUCAUCAAACUUUUGGGUUACUGUGUUCAUGGAAAAACAAGGUUUCUUGUGUAUGAAAUGAUGCAGAAUGGCUCCUUACAAACUCAAUUGUAUGGUAUGAACUUUCUAUUGGUAUCAAGUAACAUAGAUGGAGAAAGACAUUUGCAAAUGGCACAAGAAGGUUUUGUUGAUGCGAAAAGAUAUUAUAUCAGCUUUUGAUUCAUGUGUAGCUAGCUGGGAAUGCUUUCUUGUUUG